AUGCCCCCGAAUUCCUGGCCCAAGUGGGCGCGUAAGCGACACGCCAAGGACUUCACUUCACUCGACGUCAUCGAGGACGAGCUGAAGAAGAAGACGCAUCACGGGUCGCAACAAAUUCGCCGAGCGCUGAAAAAGGCGAAAACCUUUGACGAACAGAAACUUCUUCGACGCGCGAAGAACUCGGACGGGGACGAGGGAAAGACGACGCAACAGAUCGAGGCCGUGCGUAAGAUGGACAUCGACGACCUCUCGAAGCGAUGCGCGGAGGCGGUGCGAAGACGAGUUGAACAGACGGUUCGGGAGGCGUUCGCGGACGACGGCUCGGCGAGCGCCGAGGCGAAGACGACGACGGCGACGAAAGCGGUGGAUUUGAACCACGCGGUGCGCGCCGAUGACGUGUUGAGGAACGUGUGCGACGAAGCGGCGAGCGCGUUGGCGAUGAACGACGUGGAUGGGGAGAGCGAGGACGUCGCCGCGGCGAGACGGUUGUUGCGAGCGCAGGCGACGAGGACGGAGAUCGAGUCACUCAAGGAGCGAUUGCUCACCAUCGCGGAGAGGAUGAACCGUGCGGUGGUCGGGAAGCAAAAGCGAGAGGAGUGGGCCAAGGAAAAAGCUGAACGCGAGGCGAAACGGGCGGUGGAGAAGGCCAAGGCGGAGGAAAAGGCGAAACGCCGCGCCGCGGGAGAGGAGGUGUCGUCGAGCGAAGAGGACGAACCGAACGAUUCUAAAUCGGAUGAGUCCGACGAAUCCGACUCCGACUCCGAAUCCAACGCCGUGGACGAGGAAGGGUACGUGAGCCUGAGCGAGGAGACCAUGGCAGAGCUUCGAGCCGCCAAGGCUGCGGCCAAGGCGUCGAAAAAGUCCAAAAAGAGUAAAUCAUCCAGAGCGGACGACGACGUGGAUAACCUCGAUCUUGAGCCGAAAAAGAAAAAGGUGAAGAAACGUAUGGGGCAACGAAUGCGUCGUCAAAUCGCAGAGGCAAAGUUUGGCGCGAACGCUGCGCACUUGAUUGCGGAGCGGGAAAAGGCUGAAGCUGAGCGUCGAGCCAAGGAAGAGGAGGAGCGCAACAUGCACCCCUCUUGGCAAGCGAAGCGCAAGCAGGCGCCGAUUAUCAUUCCUGGCGCGGGUAAAAAAGUAAAGUUUGAUGAAGGCGGCGGCAUGAAGAGACCGGCAACGUCUGGAAAACCUCCAGUGAAAAAGCACGCGGUGGCCCCGACUAAAAAGGCGGAGCCCGAGAAGCCGCUCCAUCCCUCUUGGCAAGCGAAAUUAAAGGCGGACGAGCAAGCGUGGGGCGGUGGCGGCGUGAAGCCCAGCGGUAAGAAAGUUGUUUUCGAUUGA